UCAAACAUUGUGCCAAAAUGUAUAUUAUUUUUUUACCUGUUUAUAUGAGCUAAUGGUAACACACUGGAAACUUUAUUAAUGAAGCUUUUAUUUGAUGCUAAUCCACACUUUAAACACAUGGUGUCAUGGAACAUUUCCUUAUAUCGGACUGUUUGACCUACACAGGCCCAUCCUUCAAUCCCCCCACCAGCUAGUCUCCAUCUUCCAGGACACUGCACAUGCUAGUAGGAGGUAUUAGCAGCUUUUACUCAGUCAGGGGCAGUUGGUAAUCGGCACACUGUUUGCUAACUGCAGUGCAGUGACACACACAGCUCUCACCCCUGCAUGCUACUACUGUACCAUGUUAGCCUUCCUAAUUUGGAUACAAAGCUGAAGUAUUCCCAAAAUUAUGGUCACAUUUCUUAUUAAUUACAUUCACCAGGAUAUUCAACAAGUGCAAAUACUGAUACAUUGUGUGUUCUGAAAUCUGUUGGUGGAUUUCCAAUACCUGCUGUGAGGUAAAAGUGCUCUCUUAAGACCCUAUUCUGCUUCAUGCUGUCAGCAAGUGCGCAAAAUCUUUAACCUAAUCCCUAUUAGGCCAAGACUUCUCAAAUCUGAUUAUGUAGGCUACUUGCAAAUUAGAAAUAGUCCUAGCCACCUGUAUCUCUUCGGAGCGGUAAAGAUUUACUAAUAUCAUUUGAAAUGGAGAGUUCAUAUACCUUCGUGAACUUUCACCACCUCGUUCCUCAUUUACUUAAUAAUUCUGGUACUCACUCAGCCUUUUACUGUACUCAUUCACCCAUUCACUCAGUUACUUUCUCACUUUGUCUUUUAGUGCAAAUGACAAGUGAGAAAUUUAUGACUGAUGCGGCAGAGAACACUUUUGGAACAUUUUAAUAUUUUUUUUAAUCGAGACUUACAGGAUACAUUAGCCAUGAUGUAAAACUGUCAGGUGACCAAAUCAAAUUUAAGUCCUACUUUUUCAGAAAAACAAUAUUGCCAUCCAUUUUUGAUUGAAUCUCAUACUGAUAAAAGUACACAUUUUCAGUCUGCUGCGAUAGUUCCUCUGCGUUUCCUUCAUUUGUUACCUUACCUUGAUAUGCUGAUUACGUGUGAGCAAAGAUUAAGCAAAUUGGCCAUGAUGUUACACGUCCCAAAAUAGCCCUCCAACGCUGUUGAGAGGCUUUGACCAGCGCUCAGAGGAACAACGAAUGCACACUUUAUGUUGUUUUAGCCGUUAAAAUUAAGGGGAAAUGUGAGAUAUAGGCUGCCUCCACACAAUAUGAGCAACACACCCAUCCAGGAGCCACCUGCCCAGGAAUUGUCCUCUGGCAGCGGGCAGACAUCACCCUCCCGACCCUUUCAGCCAAUCUCUGAUCCCUCAGCUUCUAAAAGAGUAUGUUUCUACAAAAGCGGUGACUAUAAAUUCAGUGGGCAUCGCAUGGUCAUCAAUGCCCGCACCUUCAAGACAUUUGAUGCUCUACUGGAUGCUCUGUCCAAGAAAGUGCCUCUGCCAUUUGGAGUGAGGACCAUCACCACACCUCGCGGGACCCACCUGGUUAAGGCUUUAGAUGACUUACUUGAUGGGGGAUCAUAUGUGUGUUCUGAUCAGAAACGGGUGAAGCCAUUAAACCUGGAUGAAGUGAACCGGCGGCAGGUACCAUGGAAUACAACCAGACCCUUCAGCGCACGGGGGCGAAGGCGUCAAGGUCUCCAGUUCGGUCAGUUUGGUAGAAGGAAUGUAGACACCACCAGGCCAGCAAAGGUCACUGAGAGGGUGGCGGUACGGACACCAAAGAAGCUUGUGGUCAUCAAGAAUAGGGAUCCCUCUGUUAAACGCACAGUUGUGUUGCAGAGAAGAACAGCACCAACAUUUGAUGCUUUACUGGAUUACCUUUCCCAGAUCCUGCAAUUCCCAGUGCUGAAGCUCUUCUCUACAGAUGGCAGAAGGGUUGAUGGUCUCACAACACUUAUCCUGUGCUCUGGAGUUGUUGUGGCAGCAGGCAAUGAGCCAUUCAGAUUAGGAAACUACAGUUUUCACAGAACGGGCCAGAUGGCACAAGUAAUGUACAUGGAUACUGUGGAACCAUCUAUGUUGCUGCCAACAGCUCAGAACAACAAAUCUUUCUCAAGUGGAAGAGGCUCGAGGAACUUUUCCUUAUCAUCUGAGAGAUAUAUUGUCGACCAGAUAAACAAGUCUCAAAAUGGAAGCACGAAUGGCCACCUGCAUCACCACAACGGAUCAUUUGAAACAGAGGUCAAUCAUCGUCACACACCCAUGGAGACAUGUGGAACUGGGAGGGUAGAUAAUGAGCAUCAUUCUUGCAUUGUACCUCAGGACGAUGACAUAGAAAAAUCUUUCCGUGUGAAUCAAGAUGGCAGCAUGACAGUGGAGAUGAAAGUUCGUCUGACCAUUAAAGAGGAGGAGAUGCUCCACUGGACUACCACACUCAGCCGCUCCAGCCUUAGCAAGAGGACACUUUGUGCCUCGAAUUCUGAGUUGGGCAACAGCUCACCUGACUCAAACAACGCCGUUGCCAAAGACUCCUCUAGCAUCAGUGAAGAUGAAUCGAAAGAGGAGAACCAUCCCGCUGGAGCUGGAAAGGGUGUCGGCUUUAAUGAUGAGCGAGUAUAUGAGGGCUACACUUCCACGGCCUUAGGAAAAGCAGAAACAGGUUUCAAACGCACUCCAACACCAGGUCCUGGUCCUCUGCAUGUUAAGAAGAAGGCGUCUGUUGAGAAUGUGAAGAUGGUGACAGAGUCAGGGGUUCAAGAGAGCACCCUGGGACAUUAUUCCUACAUGGAAAGGAAGGCUGAUGGUGAGACAACUGAGGGAUACUGCGUUGUCAGACACAGCAGCAGCAACAGCAACAGGCCAAUCCCAAAACCUCGGAAAACAGCGUCUGCAGGGGCGAGCAACAAAGGCUCCCACUCCUCCAUAAGGUCGUCAGGAGUAGCGGAGGUCCUUCAGAUACAAAAUAACGGGAUGGAGGUUACAGAGACUGUGAUGCAUAUUUAUGAGAGUCAAGGCUGCUACGACAACUACUUUGCAAAUGAGGAAUAUAGCGCGGACGGUGUACCUUUUCAUGGUUCCACUCCAGCGCCAGAGAGCAAACCAUCAACUGACUCAGGGCCACGAUCAUCCAGCAAUGAUUGUGAUAUAGAUUUUAGUUGGCAGCCACCCACUACUGACUCACUACAAAGACAGAAGGAGGAGAUGUUAUCAUUGUCAUCAGAGCCAAUAACACAUGAGAUUACCAACAAUCUGUCUUCAGUGACUGAGAAAGAGGCCCAAACUGCAACAACCUCCCAGGAGACAGUAAAAAAAGACAAAACUUCUAAAAGUGAGAAGAUGAAAAAGAUGAUUAAACCUACUAGGAAUCAGAAGAGUUCAACUUCAACAAGUGGCUCAGAUAAAAAGCCAAAGGAAAGCAUAGUAAGCCCCUCAAUAAAAGGCAAACAUUCGUUUAAAGACAAGCUCAGCAGCAAUGCCAGUGUGGGAAAAAAGAGUUUGAGUUCAUCAGAAAGUGCUAAAAGUGGUCAAAAGAGUAGAGGAGCAGAAAAGCCACACAUUAGGAAAUCGAGUAAGGGUGAAAACAUGCCCAGGAAAGAGCAAGCCUUAUUAGUUAACACUGAAAAUGUGACCCCACCUAAGAGACAAAACAUGCAUAAAGCAGCUGCUAAAGAUAAUGGCCAUAAUGUAAAUACUUCAACUGGAAGGCCUCAAAUGAAGAAGAACAUGUUAGACAUUUUUCAACCCAAAAAAUCACUUAUGCCAGACAUAAAGACAAUUAGCAAGCCCAAAUCCAUGACUGAAAGCAUAAUAUCAUCACCUAAAAAGUCUUUAGAGUUGAAUGAGAGUUUUUCGAUGCCUUCUCUCAAUCCUUCACCCUCUGAAAUACACCAAUAUGUUGAGAACUGGUUGGAGAAAAUCAGCCCAGACCCAGUGCCAUACACUGAGGAAGCCAUCACAGAUGAAUCAGAGCCUCGGACAAAGGUUGUGUUUCAGAUAGGCGGUGAUUCUGAAUCAGAUGAAAAGACUGAAUGUCAGAGUAAUCUAGAUGAGUAUUAUCCUGGUGAUGCUCUCAAGAAAUCAACUUCCUGUCUAUCAGUACCUCUUUCUCAUGCAGAAACAGCUACAGCUCUGCUGCACAAUGAACAAAAUAUGAGAGGUUUAUGUGUUUCAAUGCCGAGUGUUAGAGUCGAUCCUGUACACCAGGAGAACAAACUGAGGUCACACAAAUCUGCAGAGGCCAUCGGUCCAGCUGACAAUGAACCAUCGUCAUCUACGUCCAACAUUUUAAGUCCCAAAGCAAAGAUAACACCUGUCCUGCGGCAACUCUGUUCAUCGAUUCAGUGCAUCAGAGGGACGUCUGACACCAACAUAACAUCCAAUCUUGAGAAGUCCAACAGCCUUCCUGAUUUCCCAACACAAGUGGCUUCAGUGUUCGGCUCAUCAUGUAAAGCCUUGGUGUCAUUCUUAUCAGUGAUGACUCUGCGAGAUAACCUAACAGGAUCUGCACCGGGAGGUGGCAACCUAUCAAGAAGCACCUCUGAGGCCAUGCUUAUGAUGGAAUCCCUGCAGAAAAUUUCUGCCAUCAAAGACGAGGAAGAGCAGAGGGCAAGUUUGACGGAUCUGCAAAGCAGAGCGUCUUCUCAGUUCAGAGACCACUGGAAGGAUUUCCAGAUUUUGAGGGAAAGGCUUGAAAGUGAACCGCUGUCUCCAAAAGUUUCAGAAACAGAAUUUGCCCUGGAUGUUGUCUCCGAAGGGGGUGAGGUAUUUGAGGCUCAGCACUUGGGCAUUGAUGAGCUGAUGGAGGAACUGAAUAUGCCGCAAGACCUCAGAGCAGAGAUUUCUUCAACAAUCCAACAAGCUAAAAGUUUUUACCCUGUAGAGGAGAGCACUUUUGUAGAAGCUGAAAGAAACCAGUCGGACUCAGAGGAAGAUGUGGAAACAUUUGUUGAAGAAUGCAACGAUGAAACAAAACAAUCACCGGAGCCUGAUACUACCUGCAUAGCCAAGGACAUUACUCAGACAAAACAGGGUGAUGAUAAUGGAGAGAUAGAUAACUUAAAGAAAAUGCAAUCUGAUUAUUCUGAACAGGCCAAAGAAUCUGAAAUAACAGAGACAGAAAGAGAUGAGCCCCUAAAAGACAAAGAAAAUGAAAAAGAAGAGGAACAACUAGAUGAGGUAGAGGAUGAUAGGGUGGAGGUGAAUGAUAAAGAGGAUACAAAAGAGAUAGAUGAUGACGAUGGUGAAGAGACUGAAAUGGGAGAAAGGGAGGAAGAGGCAGAAGAGGGGGCAGUGACAGAAGAAAAAAUGGAUGACAAGGGGCAGGAGGAAUGGGAAGCGGAAAAUGGAAGUGGAAAGGAGGAGGAAUCUGUUGAGAAAGUAGAGCAAGGGACAAAGGAAGAGAUGACAGUGGAUAAGGAGGAAGAGGAGGAGAUAUUAGAAGAAGGAGAGAAAGAAGUGGUUGAAGAGACAGAGGAGGGAUUUAUGGAUGAAGAAGAUCAAGAAGCAAGAGAGGAAGACAGUGUUGAAGAGACAGAUGAGAGAGAGGGUGUUGAGGAGACAGAGGAAGAAAAGGGGGAGGAAGAGGAAACUGAGGAGAAGCAAGGGGAAGAGCUUGAAGACGAGGCAGAUGAGGUUAUCGUGGAUACAGAUAAAGGAGAGGAAGUAGAAAAUAUUGAAGAAGUGGAAAAGGAGGAAGAGGAAGAGGAAGCAGAUGCUUUUACUGAGGAUGCAGAGGAGGAAGCAGAGGAAGAUAUUGAGGCUAUUGAGGAAAAUGAGGAAGAGGAAAUGAAAGAGGUUAUUGAGGCGAAAGAUGAGGAAGAGGAGGUAGGAAGUCUGAUUGAAGAGGAGGAGGAGGAAGACAAAAAAGGUGCGGUUACUGAGAAAGAUGUAGAGGAGGAGGUUAUUGAGGAGGACAAUGAGGAAGAGGAAAUGGAGGAAGACAUUGAGGAGGACAAUGAAGAAGAUGUUGAGGGAAAGGAUGAGGAAGAGGACAAAACCGAGGUGGUUAGUGGGGAAAACAAUGAGGAAGAUGAGGAGAAAGAAGAGAGAGAACAAGAAGAGGAACAAGAGGAUGAGGAGGAUGGUGAGGAUGUUGAGGUUAAGAAUAGAGAAGACAGGGUGAUUACAGAUGAGGAAGAAGACGAAACUGACACAAAUUUAGAAGAGGAAGAAAAGUGUGAUGAGGGUGAAGAGAGCAGGAAAGAGCUGGAGAAAACAGAAAGUAGUCUUGAGGAAGAAUCAGCAGAAGAGAAAGAAGUUGUAGAGGAGAUAGAGAUUGAAGAAAACAUGAAAGCAGGACAAAUGCAAGAUGAAGAGGAGAGGGAAGAUGACGAAGAAGAAAAUGAAAGUUAUGAGUUAAAUGAGGGGUUAGACCAGGUGGAAAAGCAAGAAUCAAAGGAUGAGGUAGAGGAAGAAAAUGUUAAUGAUGAUGCAGACAGUGUUGCUGCCAGUACGGAUUGUAAAAACCUACUAGAGGAGGCCUCGUAUUUACAGCAGCAGAGUAGCUGUGAAGAGGAGGCAACUGUGGAUACUAAGGUAGCAGAACGUAACACUGAAUCAUCAACUAAAUAUUCCUCUGAGGGUCAGUGUGAGGAUGACAAAGGUAAUGGAACAGACACUGUUAAUGAACUUGAAACAGACGAGGGAGGGGAGCAUCACGGGGAAAGGAGCAGCAGUCUACCACAUCCAGUAGAAAUAUCACAGGAAUUACUUGACUUUGUUAACUCUGCCCUACAGUCCUCUUCACUUAUAUUCACAUAUGACGCUCAGGGGAACAUCAGGAUAGAGCCAGAUAAUGCUCGAGUUAUACAAACUAAACAAACUACUAUUCCAAAAAGUAGAGAGGAUAUUUUAUACGGCUUAAAGCGUCUCCCGAGCCCGAUCACCUCAGAUUUAUCUGAUUACAGGCCAGAAACGUCGGAGAGUGGUGGAUAUAAAACUCAGGAGUCUGUAGAUAUUGUCACAGAGAGUGGAGAAGAGGCUUCAGAGAGACCUUCUCCAGCCUGCAGACAUAAGACUGAUAUCUCUAAUGGGAGAACAAAUGUGGAGAGAGCUAACUCCAAACUCUCCGUUGCAAGCAAUUCAGAAGUCUCGCAAAAUUCCCAAUUAAAAAGUGGAGGAAGUUUAUCUUCGUUCGACUCAGGCACUAAAGUCUCAAGGGAGGAUCUGUCUUAUUUCAGUGCUGCAAGCUCACAAAAGGCAGACGCCGGACCUGCCACAGAGGUCACACAGGGCAUUUCUUUCACCUCAGACAUAGACUCAACUGAUGGGGUUUUGAUCGACCAAGGUAGAUGGCUACUCAAGGAGAAUCACCUCAUCAGAAAAUCUCCUCCAGUCUCCCUGGGAAUGUACGGUAAUGUAGACAGCACAUCUAUAGAUACAGGUCAGGAGAACACUAGCGUGGAUUCCUCACCUCAUCAUAAAACCCAGCACAACCCUCUUGAAGCCAUAUCUUCAUCAGAGCUUGAGGAGAUGGCAAAGCCUCAAACUCCAAAGUGCACCUACUACAACAUGCCACAUGGAAGCGACUCAGACCCCUUUUUGGAUGAUUCCAGUGGCAAAAGUAGGAAAGAAGAUACAAGCAGUGUCAAAGGGAGAGGCUUUAGAGUGUCACCUACGAUUGAUACUUCCAAAAGCUGGGCAAAUAAAAAUGGUAGUCUGUCUUCAUUUGCAUCAGUUGAGUUUAAAAUACCAGACAGAAAAGUGCAUCCUGAGGGGGAGUCCUCAGCUGUGACACAGGCAAGAAGGACAUCUAGUGGAGGAGGGGGGGUACUGCAAGCACAAGACUCCCUUGAUACACUACACAUGAGAUGUAGCCAAUACUGUCCCAUACUAUAAAAGCAGGACAUUACGUUUCACAGAAAUAUUCACACAUGCUGGUCCUGCGUGUGCUAUAAGUCUUGGCUAUGAUUAUUUUGCUGUAAUGCAGCCAGAAAUGUUUUGUGUUUCAUCAAAUAAUCACGAACAAAAACUUUUCUUGCAGCUCUAACAGACCUACAGACGUGUGGUGAUUGAAGAGAGUUGUGCCUCUUAUUUGUGUUUGAAUGUAGUCAAAAAUGUAAGUUUACACACAUUCAAUGCUGUCUUUUUGGUGCUGACUGAGGAGAUCCAUCACAUCAUUAAAAUAAUUACAAAAUCAAAAAUAUAACAAUAUCAGCAAAUAAGAACAACUUUUUUCUACCCAUUCAAUGUUCUUGACUGAACAUCACUGUAUUAUCUAUUAUUACAAGUACCACAAGUACUAUUAGUUUCUUAUUGAAUAUGAUGCAAUACAUCAGAGAAAGACUGUAUCUGCAAAGGAAAGCAGAUUUUAUUGCUUGUUUUGCUUCUUCCAGAAUUUGCAAUGCAUGUUGAGGGAUUACUAUUUCGUAAGUCAGCUGUGGAAACUAUAGUGUUCACUUUGUUGCUCUGCAGAUCCUCUCAGGGUUUUAACAAAGGACUACUGAAUGUCAAUUUUGAAGUGAGAACUGAUUAUUCUGUCAAAACAAAAUUAAUUAUGAGGCAGCUUCUGACAAAAUGUUAUUUUUGGCUGUAAGAAUAUUCAAUAAACCAUGUUUCAUUUUUUAA